AAACAUUCAGAUCCAGAAUCUUGGUAAUAGGCUCAAAUCCACUCCGAUUCUAGGUAGGUUGAUCCCUGUUCCUGCUUAGGCUAAUUAACACAUCGAUUACAUCGUUGCGCGGACAGUGUGUGUCUUUAAAUUGAUAGGCUCGUUAAAGUGUCUACCAUUCCGAGGCCUUCUGGUCUUGACUUCGCCAACUGGUUGGAUCUAUUUUUAGGGCCAGCAGGUGCAGCUGCCUCGGAAACUGCGCAGAGACGCGUUUCUCGGCCAGUGCCAACCAGUUGGCGAGACCCCAUCAUCAUCAUCGCCAUCGCCAUCUGAAGAUCGCCAUCCAGCGUAGGUGACGGACAGCCUCGGGCUGCCAAUAUCACUUACUUUCAGACAAUGGAUAGCCACACAGGCGUUGACGAUUUGUUGGCCUUAAUCUACUUGAGCAAAUAUUAGUUUUGAAAGGUCUUUGUACCCAGCUCAAGUUUAUUUUCUACUUCCCAAGCCCUUUUAAAGUUUUAAAGAAUCUUUGCAGCUCAUUUAACUGGCACUUUUCUGCUCGAACGCUUUUGGGAGUCUAUUUGAAAAUGAUGGAAGGUGAAAGUUCCAAGUCGAUUCAAGGCAACAUCGUGGGUCUUAAGAGUACCAACGCCGUGAUACUGGCCACCGACUCGAAGGAAUACGAAAUGUAUCUAAUAGAUGACCGCAUUUACUGCUGCGCACCUCGUUCCGGCAUCGAUCGGAACAUAGUUCUGGAAGUGAGUUCAAAGGUGGCAAAUCUAGUCCGGGAUCGCGGCCAGAAUGUGACCGUGUCCCAGGUGCGGGACAUGUUUUGCGAAAAGUACCAGACCGCCGAAUCCCCAAAUGUCAUGAUAGCUGGCCAGGACAGCAGGGGCCUUCACUUAUUCAGCAUGGAGUGUGGAAAGUCACGCAUGGUGAUGUAUGGUGCAAAGGGCAGAGAUAAGGAGAACAUUGUGGACUUUCUCUCGAAAGACUGGAAUGAUUUCAUAAACCUCAGCGAGGCUGAACAGUUGGCCAGGAAAGCGCUUAGGUGGGAGCACGUGGAAAUGUGCACCAUCUAUAGGGCUAAAGAAAUCGAGGAACAAGGUGCCAACAUGGACUUCGAUAUGGACGACGAGACCUCUGUAUCGCCGGCCAGCAAUUUCUAGAUCCUCCUACUAUCUACAUGUACAUAGUAGUUAAUUGUAUCAUUUCGAUUUAUGUUCAUAUAAAUGAAUGGUGGCUGCUCCACUGCCCCCCCCCCCCCUGU